ACCCUCCCCCACACUCCCGUAGCAGUCCUCUGCCUCUCUACCACACCCCUUCUAGAUAAGGAUGGAGACCGAGGGAGUCUUGUUUCUUUAAGAGGAAGAUACCAAGUGCUUUCUUGUUUAUACAUUCUCCCUCGGUUGCCUGAAGUUAAAAAUCGGGCAUAGAAGAGUAGAAAGGAGAUAGUAAAGAGGCUUCCCUCUCGAGUUAGGGCAUCUUCGGGAGAAGGAGGCCGAGCAGGGCUUACACUGGAGGCCGAGCUGACUUGUGCCCCCCACUCCUGCUGAGAGAUGGUCCAAUCCCAAGAUGGCCGCCACCAUGAAGAAGGCGGCUGCAGAAGAUGUCAAUGUCACUUUUGAGGACCAACAAAAGAUUAACAAAUUUGCACGGAAUACUAGUAGAAUCACAGAAUUGAAGGAAGAAAUAGAAGUUAAAAAGAAACAGCUUCAAAAUUUAGAGGAUGCUUGUGAUGAUAUAUUGAUGAUGGAUGAAGAUUUGUUAAUGAUUCCCUAUCAAAUUGGUGAUGUUUUUAUUAGCCACUCUCAAGAUGAAACCCAAGAAAUGCUGGAAGAAGCUAAGAAAAAUUUGCAGGAUGAAAUUGAAGCAUUAGAAUCCCGAGUUGAAUCGAUCCAACGAGUGCUAGCCGAUUUGAAAGUUCAGUUAUAUGCAAAAUUUGGGAGCAACAUAAACCUUGAAGCGGAUGACAGUUAAAAGUUUCUAAAUAUAAUUUUUUUAUUUGUUUAAUAAACUUGAAUAUUGGUAACAAUGAUUUCCAUUCUCCAUAUGAUGUUGAAAUCAAAUCAACAUUUUUUCUUUAAAAAAAAUUCCAGUCCUUUAUUUAAUGAAAACCUGCCUAUUUUCACAUGUCUUGCUUAUUUAUUUUAUAUUUUUUAAAGAAAAAGCAGUCUACAUCUGUAUUUUGCAUAAUAAUAAUUUCAAGGUAAGGGUCUUUGUGUCCUGUUUAUUAAAACCAGUUAAGCAAUA